GAAACUCCAAUUAAUUUAACCGGGGCGAUUCAUUCAAGCACUUUAGAUAAUACUACUACUUUAGAUAAUUAUUUUCUUUAUUAAUUUACUACGUGUUUGUUGCUUUUUUCAAAUGCGUGAGGUAAGACUAAUCUUAUCACCGUGUCUUCAACCGAUUGCUGUUGCCUAAUACAUAAAAGAUAGUCAAAUGAUAUAUAUGGAUAUCAAUGCUGAAAAGAAAUAUUUUUCCGAAGCACUAGGCUUUUUUUACGAGACGCAAUGGCUUCAUAAUUCUCCAGUAACUGAAAUAUUAACUAAAGCGUCUUUAGAUGCAAUCCCCAAAGAAUGGAUGAGCCAUUUACAAAUUUUAGAAAAUGAGGAACUUAAUAAUUUUGUAGUGAAAAAAACAAUAAAGAUUGACUGGCCUGAUUCUUUAAAAACAUAUGUUGCAAGAUGUAAGAGAAUCAAUAGACUGCCACCUGUACCUGCAUCGUUAUCUUCCGUAGAACUACCGCAAAAUUUUAAGAUAGGUCUUAGUCAAAAGAAACAACACGAGAUAAUGCAUUUGGCUCAUUUAGUGGGUGUACAAUGUAAGCGGCAUGACAUACGAACGAUCAUUGAUUUGGGUGCGGGUUUGGGAUAUGUAUGUCAAAUGUUACAUUAUUUGCACGGCUAUCGAGUCCUGGGAUUGGAAAAAGACAAAGAAAAUAUUAGCAGAGCUUUUACUAGACAGAAAAAAUUUUAUCCCGAUUCUUUGACUAAAGUUAAAUACGCCCAUUGCGACGUAACGUGUGAUUCGGCCGACGCAAUAGAAUCCAUUCUGCGGAAAGAGUUUCCCGACGUUGCAGACGUAUGUCUGAUCGGCCUGCACGCCUGCGGGGAUCUUAGUACAAAUGCAUCAAGAAUCUUCUGCAAAAUGAAAUCUGCUAAACUGUUCAUUUUGAUUUCCUGUUGUUAUCACAAACUCUCGAUUUCCAAACGUGUACAAACUCCCGUGCAGGAAGAACAAUACUUUGACAAUUUCCCUACAUCCAACCGUCUGCGAGAAACAGUUGCGGCAUAUAAUUUUGAUAUAGGACAAUUCUUAAGAAUACCUUUUUUGCGAUUAGCGUGUCAAGAAUCGGCGGACAAGUGGCACGGAAUGUCCCGAGAGAAGCACGACGACCAUUCCUUUCACGUUCUCGCUAGAGCCGUCCUCGAAUUAUAUUCACGACAAAACAAUUACGUUCUCAAAAAGAACGUUCGGAAAGGCACGAGAAAGUCGCAAUGCUUGAAUUUUCAAACUUACGUCAAAGAUUCGUUACUAAGAUACGAUUUCAUACCAGAUACAGACGAAACAGACAGUGUAAUCACACAUGAUAAAAUGGAGAAGGGUAUAACGCGAGUAUGGGAGGAACAGAGUAGAAGCUUGAAAGCCGUAGAAAUCUACACUGGAUUGCAAAUGAUGUUACAACUUCCGGCGGAGUCACUGAUUCUACAGGAUCGAUUAUGCUGGUUACACGAACAAGGUUUGGAGGCUGUCAUUGUGCCAGUGAUGAACAAGUGUAUUUCUCCUCGCUCCUACGCAAUCGUGUCCCACAAACGCUAAAAAUUAUGAUAGUUUUAUAAAUGUGGAGUAUAAUUUAAACCAGUUUCAAAACUAUAGAAUUUUUGUGGCCAAAUAAUGUAAUUUAUAACAAAUUGAGAACAUAAUUAAAAUAGUUUUUUAUCAAGAGAUGAUAUUCUCGAUAAUAUU